AUGGACCGCACACCCAGCGUACCGGUAAGCAUGCUCGCAGGAGCUGCUGCUGGAGCGAGUGAGACGUUGAUCACAUACCCACUGGAGUAUCUGAAGACCCGGCGACAGCUACCGACGGCAGCAAACUCACUGCAGUCGCCCUCAUCACUUCGAUUGCUUCGUGAGACCAUCUCCUCAUCAGGCGUUAGAGGGCUGUACUCAGGCUGCUCGGCCUUGGUGCUCAGCAAUGCUGCAAAAGGCGGCAUCCGCUUCCUCUCAUUCACCAAGGCCCAGGCAUUUCUGCGUACCACGCGGUUUGGCUCCUCAAAUCCAAGUCUCACCAAUGUACUCGCCGGCCUGAUCGCUGGCGGGACAGAGUCGUUACUUGUCGUAACGCCUGGAGAAGCCCUGAAGACCAAGAUCAUACAAGCGCGCUCUUCGCUAGCGACGUCAGGUAUCAGAACAGCUUCCAACCAACAGGGUCUUGCCCAGGUUGCUGUCAGCGUCGUCCGCGUGGAAGGCUUUCAAGCGCUGUGGAGCGGUCUUGUCCCGAUUCUCUGCAAGCAAGGCACAAACAGUGCCGUGAGGUUCGCCACGUUUGGUUGGCUGAAGGACACAUGCAAUACGCUAUGGCCACAUGCUGGCGUGGGAGGGACGUUAACGGCUGGGGCAGCCAGCGGGGUCGUCACGACCUACGCUUCUAUGCCAUUCGAUAAUAUAAAGACCAGAGUCCAGGCGUCCUCGCGGACGGCCUCUGGCGGCAUGAUCGGUAUGGCCCGUCAGAUGCUCAGGACUGAGGGACCACUGGUCUUCUGGCGCGCAACCACCCCUCGUCUGGCACGUUUGACGAUCUCUAGCGCCGUAACAUUCACCGUCUUCAACGAGGCUGUAGCACUUAUGGUUCGGAUGGAACAAAGUGUUCGUAGACCCGCCGCUCACAUCGGCUGA